UCUUUGAUUAUAUAUACUCUCCAGGUCUGCUCAGUCUCAGCAUUGCAGUUCUAAUCAAGACGAACACUGACUCUGACUGAAGACCAUGGAGAGAACAGCAGUCCUCUUUGUUCUCCUCAGCUUCUGCAUCACCUCCCUGGCUCUGGAGUGUAGAGUGGUUCCAGGCAGGCUGAAGCAGAUUGAUGUUUCGAACGGUCAAGUGUUUGGGGUCAACUCCAGCAAUCACAUCUACACCCUGUACAGCAACAGCUGGAUCCAGGUUCCUGGAUCUCUGAAGCAUGUCAGUGUGGGACCUGCUGGCGUCUGGGGAGUCGAUUUCAACAAUUACGUCUACAAACUUGGGAGAGGAGAUUGGGUUUUUGUUCCAGGCCUGCUGAAACAGGUGGAUGCAGGAGGAAUGGUCUCUCCAGCAGGUGUCAACAUGAAUGAUGAUAUCUACUGCCUUACUGGGGGGCAAGGUUCUUCCUGGAAGCAUAUCCCAGGAAAGCUGAAGUACCACAGCUGUGGGCCGUACAGCUGCUGGGGAGUCAACGCUGCAGACAACAUCUACAUUAUGAAGGGUGUGACUCCAACUGCUUGUGGUGGCUCCUUAAACUGGCAGCAGAUAUCUGGAGCUCUGUCCAUGAUCGAAGUCUCCACUGAUGGAAAAGUCUAUGGGGUUAAUUCCAAUGGACAUGUUUAUAGGAGAGAGGGUGUUUCACCAAGUAACGCUGCUGGCACUGUGUGGCGCCAAGUGCCGUCUCCUCAGAAAGUCAAACACGUUUCCUAUGAUCUCGGCCACCUGUGGCUCAUCGGCAGAGAUGACAGCAUCAUGGACUGCACCGAAUAAAAGGAGCGAGACCUCUAGCGCCCUACAGUCAAGUUCAGAUCAGAUGUCCCAUCCCUUCUUAGAGUCUCUGGGGAUGAACAGCAGCAAAAAAGAAAUAGUUAUGAUCUAUAAUCAACUCUUUCCUGAUUAAAUUUCCACCUUUUCUAUUGCAUUUAACCAAAUCUUUCACAUGUUGCUAGGCUGAAAAAGAAGGUAAUAUUAAGCCCAAUGAAAUAAAUCUUUAUUUUGAUUAAUCAAAUUUGAAUCCAGUGUUAUUUUUUCAUUUCAUACAUUCUAUGAUUUAAGGGCUUUGUGUUGAAAGUCCAGGGUACUAAGAAAGAAGCAGAUACUUUUAGUAAAGUGUUGCUCUUGAAAAAACAGAAGUCCUCUAUUUAGAUUUCUACUUGCAUACUUAAUUAUAAUUAAUGUAUUUAAGUAUCAAAUGUAAAAGUACUGAGUAAUUCUAGCUGCUUUAGAAUAGCUGUGCUAUUACAGACACUUUUAUUGUGCUCACCCAGGGAAUCUAAGUCCUGUCUGCUGGAUGGAGAGCAGAAGUGUUACCCACUACACUGUACUCAACCACCAGCCACUAGUACUAUGCAUUGAUGGCCAGGCUGGUCUCCUCAGUGAGUUACAUCAAAUGGAGAGUUCACCAAUAAGAACCGGCUGUUUCAGCUCCUAAACAGCUCUCAUUCAACGGCAUUGCCAGUUUUAUAAGUAUGUGUUUUUAUUU